UGAACCUAAAGAAGCCCCGAGAAAUUUGUUGUUUCCCCCUUUCCUGCUCUCACACUGCGUGCAUCUCUGAAUGGAAGCCAUGGAAGCAAUAAUGGUAGACUGUGUAAACAACAGUCUCCGCCAUUUCAUGUAUCGGAACGCCAUAUUUAUGUGCGAGCGCCUCUGUGCUGAGUUCCCCUCUGAGACAAAUUUACAAUUGUUAGCUAGAUGCUAUUUGCAAAACAAUCAAGCUUACUCUGCAUAUCAUAUUCUAAAAGGCACACAGAAGGAUCAAUCCCGCUAUUUGUAUGCGGUAUCAUGCUUUCAGAUGGAUCUUCUAAAUGAAGCUGAAGCAGCAUUGUGUCCUUCUAAUGAGCCUAAUGCCGCGGUUCCAAAUAAUGCAGCUGGGCAUUACCUUCUUGGUCUUAUUCACAGUUAUACUAAUAGACGGAAAAGUGCCGUUCAUCACUUCAAGCAGGCUUUGGCUAUAGAUCCUUUACUCUGGGCUGCAUAUGAGGAGCUGUGCAUAUUAGGUGCUGCUGAAGAUGCAACUGCAUUUUUUAGUGAAGCAGCUGCCCUUUGCAUUCAAAAGCAGUACAUAAACCAUGCAUCAGCUUCCCAAAACGUGAAUAUCUCUAGUGAGGACUAUAAUUUACUCUCCACUAGAAACUUUAGCUCAGAAGAUGUCAGUUCACAGCAGUUGAUGCACAAUCAAGGCAAUAACCUUAGAGAUAUUCCUGCAGCUGCAACAUUAGGUGGAGCAGUUAAUCAACCUACUAAUGUUGGUCUUCCAAACUCAUUUUAUAAUACUCCUUCUCCAGUGCCCACAGGCCCCACACAGUUGUCAGGUGUUGCGCCCCCACCUCUGUGUAGAAAUCCACAGCCUAAUGGUCCAAAUACUAGCAUGCUCAGUACUGAUAACUCCAUGAAGUCAAUUGUGAACUCUAUUAUUCAAGCCCCUCGAAGGAAAUUUGUUGACGAGGGGAAAUUACGGAAGAUCUCUGGGAGGUUGUUUUCUGAUUCUGGCCCUAGACGAAGUACAAGACUUGCAGCUGAAGCAGGGGCCAAUUCAAAUGCAAGUGCCACGUUGGUGGCAGGAAAUGUGAUUGGCAACUCUUCUAAAUAUCUUGGUGGUUCUAAAUUAAGCUCUAUGUCACUGAGGUCUGUGACAUUUCGUAGAGGACAAUCAUGGGGCAAUGAAAAUUCUGAUGAAGGGAUAUGCAAUGAGACUUUUGAUGAUUCACAUGCAAAUGUUACGACCAAUUCUACUUCAUCACUCUCUGGUGAUGCUAGAUCUCUUGAAAAUGAAGGAGCGUCUGUACCGGUUGGUGGAGUUAUUAUGAGUGCAUCAAGGGUUUUAAGUGGCGCUUCAGAAAUAUUAGGCCUCUUGAGAAUACUUGGGGAUGGCUACAGACUUUCCUGCUUAUACAGGUGCAAGGAUGCACUAGAUACCUAUAUGAACCUGUCGCACAAGCAUUAUAAUACAGGUUGGGUUCUUUCCCAGGUUGGAAAAGCAUAUUUCGAAUUAGUAGAUUAUUUGGAAUCUGCUAGAUUUUUCAGUCUUGCCCAUCGAGCAGCGCCUUACUGUCUAGAAGGAUCUGAUAUAUAUUCUACCGUUUUAUAUCAUUUAAAGGAGGAAAUGAAGUUAAGUUACUUGGCUCAAGAACUGAUAUCAACAGACCGCUUAGCUCCUCAGUCUUGGUGUGCCAUGGGGAAUUGCUAUAGUUUGCAAAAAGACCAUGAAACUGCUCUGAAAAAUUUCCAGCGGGCUGUGCAGCUUGAUUCGAGAUUUGCAUAUGCACACACACUCUGUGGUCAUGAAUAUGUAGCUUUGGAUGAUUUUGAGAAUGGAAUUAAGAGUUACCAGAGUGCUCUACAGAUUGAUGCCAGACACUAUAACUCCUGGUAUGGCCUGGGGAUGGUUUAUCUUCGGCAAGAGAAGUUCGAGUUUUCCGAGCAUCACUUCCGAGUAGCUUUCCAAAUAAAUCCAUGUUCUUCUGUUUUAAUGUCUUAUCUAGGGACAGCUUUGCAUGCCUUAAAGAAAAAUGAGGAAGCUCUUGAGAUGAUGGAGAGGGCAAUUUUAGCUGAUAAGAAGAAUCCUCUUCCCAUGUAUCAGAAGGCUAAUAUACUUGUGAGCUUGGAAAGUUUUGAUGAAGCUCUUGGAGUUCUAGAAGAGCUCAAAGAGUAUGCCCCUGGUGAAAGCAGUGUAUAUGCUUUGAUGGGUAAGAUCUAUAAGAGGCAUAAUAUGCAUGAGAAGGCAAUGCUUCAUUUUGGCCUUGCUUUGGAUUUGAAACCUUCAGCAGCUGAUGUUGCUACGAUUAAGGCUGCUAUUGAAAAACUUCAUGUGCCAGACGAAAUAGAAGACAACUUGUAGAUCUUUUAGUUUUGGGAACGCAAAAGAAGAGAGCAUGAGACAUUUCUGGCUCAAAACUUUUGGCCCCAAGGAUAUCCCAUGCUUGUGCUUUCAUCUAAUGGUUUGCAUGCGAUGCCUAUUUCCAAUUGGCAGGCCUUGUACAGCUGACCUUGUUUUCAUAGUUUAUUAACAUGCUGACAGAAGACUAUCAAGAGGAAAUGAUUGUAUAAUAAUUCAUUACAGGCUCGUAGCUGUUUAUAGUUGUAUGUUAUUGUUCGUCUAUGAUCUUUUCACUUGAAAUUAAUGGUUAUCUCACAGGUCCUGGCUCAUGGCCAGAUUUUUUAACCUCAAUUGAGUCCUUGAGACACUGAAAUUGUAACGAGGUUGAAGUUAUUGAAUAUCUGUGCCUUUUCAA